AUGGAAGGAUACUACAAUAACAGCACCUCACAGAACCAAAGCUAUGAUUACACCACCUCUGGCUACCAGAAUUACAGCAACAUCAACAAUGAACUAACUGACGUUCACAAAAAAGUUAAUUUCAUCAUAUAUGUGGCAGUAUGCAUAAUCAUUGCAUUCGGUCUUCCUUUGACCCUCACGGCCAUCUAUGCUCUUUAUUCUAUGGUGAGAAGUGAUCAUGUUGCUCCGAUCUACGUCAUCAACCUUCUUAUUUCUGACCUCAUCCAGCUCUGCUACAUGAUCAUUCAGGUGGCAAAACCUGACGAUUGGAAUAUAGAAGAAAUCUCCUAUUAUAUUUACCUAUCUGCUGUGUUUGCCAGUGUUUACUUCAUGGUCUGCGUCUCCCUGGAAAGGUAUUUGGUCAUCGCCCACCCGCUGUGGUACCGCUACAGACGAACUAUCAAGACCUCUGUGGUGGUCUGUGUCCUGGUCUGGACCCUUCCUCUUGCAUAUUUCCUCACUUUGUAUUUCUGGCAUGAUUAUGUGCCGCGCAGGAUUAUCUUUGCCAUCGUCCUCCUCCUUCCCUUCCCACUGUUAAUCUUCUUCCUGGUUGGGACCCUCAGAGCCCUGUCUGCUGCCAUGUCGGUCCACUCUGAUGAAAAACGCCAAAUUGUGGGAAUUCUGGUUCUGGUGCUGCUUAUUUACACACUGCUGUUCCUGCCCCAAAUUUUAGGUUUUUUCGUACUUCGCUAUGAUACAACCCUUUCCACCAUGUCGGUCCUGUUUCUCAAGUUGAGUCCUCUUGCAGACUUAGUCCUGUAUGUUUUUAUGAGGAAAGGGGCCACAGACAAGCUUUUGGCCUCUCUGUGUUGUUGUAGAAUAGACAGCAAAGACAUCAGUUCAUUUUUCUCUAAAUAUAGAGGACAACAGCCCUAA